AGGAGCUCCUGUGUGUGGGUGGAGGAAGAGGAGGAGCAGGGGAGCUCCUGCCUUCCUCCAGGCCCACCAACUUCCAGAACUCCUCCAACUUUCCUCAAUGGCUCCUUGAAGGACGAAGUUGGAAAACUUCGCCUCGCAGUUGAUCCACGCGGACGGAGAGCGGCAUGAGGGAGAGACACGGAGCCGCGCGGAUGUGACCGCGAGGGUCCGAGAUCCGGAGGUUCCCACGGAGAACUGGUAAACAACAGAGAAGGAGGGGCGGUGACACCCCGGAGGAGGAUGGAAGGAGAAAAAGGGACAGAGGAGGAGGAGGAGGGGGAGGAGAAGGACAAUCAUCACUUCCCAGUGGAUCACCAAGAGCUUCCCAUCAUGCACUGGGAGGAGCUGAGCCAGCGGAUUGCUGAGCUGGAGAAGCAGGAGGAGGAGAGGAGGAAGAAGAGGAGGACGGAGGACAGGCAGGGUGGGGACUGGAGGGACGUCUGGGACAAGGAGGACCUGGUCCACAGGGGUCUGGUUGCUGUGGCUGCUUCACGAUUAAACAACAACAGGAACCUGCAGCUCUGCUUCAUCAACAACAGUGACACAGAGGAAGAGGAGGAGGAGGAAGGAGCUAAUGGAAAGGUUUCCAUGGGACCAACACACAAUGGUUGCCAUGGUGCCGGAUUGAAACAGGAAGUGGCUGCAGCUCUGAGAGCGCUGAGAGACAAUCUGUUGGCUGAGCAGAAGCAGCAGGAAGAGAGCCAGGCGAGCAGCAGCUGCAUUGCACGCUGGAAACAUCUGGAACGCCGGGAGCUGCAGCAGCAGUCUCUGCAGCAGCUCAGCAGCCUGAGAGCGUCACUGCAGCAGGAAGUUCACGCUCUCAGCUCUGAGCUGGUGGCCCACCUGUUUGUUCGGGACCAGCUGAGGACAAAGCAGGACGCCAUGCUGCUGGACGUCCAGGACCUGACCUGAACCCCUGGACCAGGCCUGCUAACAGGUCGGGACGCCGCUCUCUGUCUGAAAGGGAAAAGGGAACGAAUGGAGCCCAAAUGGAGACAGAGAACAUGGACAGAACCAUGACCCAGUCUGUGGUCACGGGCCGUUUCCUCUGGGCGACUCAUCAGGACUGGACGAUGAAGAUGUUCUGCUCUGAGGAGCAUCCGGGAGAACAUCUGGAUCCAUCUAAGGGUUUUAUAGGAUUGAGUUUUUUAUAUCACACCAGAUGUUCAGGAGGAUAGAAGAUGUUUCUGCUUCUGAAAUGUUUUAUAUGAAGAUGUUAAAAACAUAUUGCUUGAUUUUUAGCCUUCUGCUUUUUAUAAUGACAAAUAUUUAACUAAGUUUACGUUUUUUAUGUAUUGGUUACAGCAGAGAUCAGGAGGAAUGAGCUCCUCUAACAGCUGCUAAGCUAAGCUAACAGAUUUCUUCUCUGUCAGUGGUUUGGCUUAUUAAACAUUAAACCAGAGGAACUGAUUCACUGUGACUUUAAAUCCAUUGUAUUAUGUAAAAAUAAUAACUGAUGUGUUUCUGUUUUAAUAUUCUUUCUUAAAUAAAUAUAAAGGAGAAAUAAGA